UCACCAGUCUCAGCCCUGAGCCUACUCCUUUACGCACACACUGCCACAGUCAUCAUGUCUGCUGGAGGAGAAAAAUCCAAGUCUGCUUCCCAGACUGAUGGGAAGGCGGCUCAGAACAAGAUAUCUGAGAUGGGCAUGAUGUCCUACAAGAUGUGUGUGUUUGACCAGGAGAACUUCCAGGGCCGCUGCAUUGAGAUCAACGGAGAGUGUAUGAAUGUAUGUGACAUGGGAAUGGACAGGGUGCGCUCCCUGCGUGUCGACUGUGGACCCUUCGUGGGCUUUGAGCAGAUGAACUUCUGUGGAGAGAUGUUCAUCCUGGAGAAGGGCGAAUACCCCCGCUGGGACUCCUGGAGCAACUGUCAGAAGAAUGACUACCUGCUGUCCUUCAGGCCUGUCCGCAUGGACCCAGAGAAGCACAAGAUCUGCCUGUAUGAAGUCGGAGAGUUCAAGGGUCGCAAGAUGGAGAUCAUGGAUGAUGAUGUCCCCAGCCUGUUUUCCUAUGGUUUUACUGACAGAGUGGGCAGCAUCAUGGUCAGCUGUGGAACCUGGGUGGGUUACCAGUUCCCCGGCUACCGUGGCAGCCAGUACCUGCUGGAGAAGGGCGACUUCAGGCACUUCAACGAGUUUGGCGCCCGCUGCCCCCAGAUGCAAUCCAUUAGGCGCAUCCGUGACAUGCAGUGGCACCCACACGGCUGCUACACCAUGUCCUCCAAGUGAAACCCAGCGAGGGCGAGGAAGAGAGGGAUUGGAGGAGAGUUGGAGGCUGAAGGCGGGCACAGAGAUGGAGGGGGAGGCGGUGGAGGGAGGGCGAAGGAGAGGAGGAGGGAGAGGGUGUAAUAAUUUCUCCUCUGUCCCAAAAUCCCUUGGUGGUUUAAAUGCAGGAUGAAGGGAAUACAGCAGGUUGUUAUUUUUUAGUUGCUGGAACAUUGGAAUCUAGUGGGCAAUGAAAAGUGAAGGAGGAGAUAAUAAUACGGACCGGCGAGUAUCUGAUAAUAAACGCUCUCUCCAUUUUUGUUCUCCCUCUCUGUUUGUCAGCUCCCUUCUCCCCACUUUCCUCUUUCUCCUCCCCUCCCUCCCUCUCUCCCCCUCACACACUUCUCUUUCACAUCUCACCAAUUUCAGCCCUCACUCAGCCUCACUGAGGGGGGCAUCAGUGUGGAUUUGUGUGUGUUUGUGGGAUGGGGGAUCUGAAACAGAAGAACGCCUCAACAAGAGAAAUGUCGGCAAAUUGUCUGUGCUCAGAUCCUGCAGCCACAUCAACCUGUAACCCCAAUAAAGCAUCUCAUAUCCUGCUCCA